CCGCCGCGCUAUAAGUGCGGGCGCGGGGCGCGGCGGCCGCCGAAGAUGCGCUGGCAGCCGGGGCUGCGCGGCGCUCCGCCGCAGCCGCCCUGCGCGGAGGAGAAGGAGGAAGAAGAAGAGGGAGGAGGCGGCGGUGGCGGCGCGGGACGGCCGCGGCCAUGAGCUGCUCGGACGUGGCCAUGCAGCAGCCCGCCCCGGCGGCGUGCGGGGCACCCCGCUAUCUGACCGGCGCCGCGGCCGCGCCUGCGGCGGGCUGCCCGCAGAAGAAGUUAGCUGUAUACAACAAGAUGCAGGAGUCUCUGGAAGUGACCCUUCCCAGCAAGCAAGAGGAGGAUGAGAAAGACCAGCCUGCCGAGAUGGAGUACCUUAACUCUCGCUGCGUCCUUUUCACUUACUUCCAGGGAGACAUUGGUUCAGUGGUGGAUGAACACUUUUCAAGAGCUUUGAGCCAAGCCAGUAGCUUCAAUCCAGAAACUGCCCUUACCAAGAGCAAGGCAGGGCUAAGUCCUCUGUGGAGAGAAAGCUCAACAAUUUCAAGCCAAAGGAGCAGUUUCCCAACUUCAUUUUGGACCAGCUCUUAUCAGCCUCCCCCUCCACCAUGCUUAAGUGGAGUACACCCUGAUUUCCCUGUUACUGCACCAGGCACCUUCCCAACACCAGAUCCCAGCAGCUGGCCAGGACAUGGCCUUCAUCAGACUGCCCCACCUCCUCCCCCUGCUGCAUCUGAAUCCUGGCAUUAUCCUUUAGCAGCAUCUCAGGUGAGCCCUUCGUAUGCACACAUGCAUGAUGUGUACAUGCAUCGCCAUCACCCUCAUCCACACGUGCACCAUCACCAUCCCAGCUCGCACCGUGACCCCAGGUAUGGGUCCCUGCUGAUGCCUUCAGUCCGCACAGCCAGGAUUCCUGCUCCCCAGUGUGACGUGACAAAGACAGAUCCCACCGCUGUCACCAGCGCUACCUCAGCAUGGGCUGGAGCCUUUCAUGGAACGGUGGACAUUGUGCCAAGUUUUGGGUUUGACACAGGUCUACAGCAUCAGGACAAGAGCAAGGAAACUUCUUGGUUCUGAAGUUCAGAUAAAUUAAGACCAGCUAGAGCUGGAAUCAGCGCAGCUGGGCGGGCGAUAUAACAGUCGUUGACUCCUUCUGCAUGGGGCAAAGGACACACAUGAAGAUGAAGAGUCAACCACUCUGGUUUUUCUAUUGAGCCUUUUGUUUGUAAGGCUGUUUAUGGGUCCCACAGUGUUGGAAAAAAACAAAACCCUAACUUUCCUUGCUUUCCUCAUCUGAGCCUGCUGCAGCUGGGCAACCUAACUCCUUUCUGCUCCUUUAACAGUGUUUUGUUUUGUUCAGCUUGAUAUUUUUAUGAACAGUCUCAGUUGUCAGGAGGAAGACUCUCCCUUGACUACAGUGCGCCUCAUUUCAGGAAUACAGGAUUUUGUAGCUCUUUGUGCAUCUAUUUUUGUAGAAAUACAGAAAGUUUGGGUAAGGAUUGAUGGGCUAUUUUAGGAUGACGUAUUUUUUUAAAAAAAAUUGUAAAAUUGUUAAGUUCUGUUUAAAGAACUUGCUCUCAGAGAAGCACUGGCAAAAAAAAUGUAUAAAAUGCUAUUUUUAGAUGUCUGUGAUGUGUUUGUGCAUUUUGGUUUUUUUGUUUGUUACCUCAAAUGUCUAUCUUUCCUUUCUUUUUAAAAAGCUAAACCUCCCUUGUUUCCAUGUUACUAGAUUUUGAUGUUUUUGUCCUUUUGUUCUAGCUUAAGCAAGUAUAAUUUGCACCUGAAGUUUCAGUCAAAUAUUUUUUCCUGGUGUUAGAUUGUAGUAAGGGUGUCUUUAUUUUCUUGCUUCUAAAGGUGGCUUUGUGCUGUGCCGAUUGUCAGAAACUUGCAAACACCUUUAGCAUGAAACAAAGCUUGGGGUUACAGGAACUGCAUUUCCAACCCAUCCAUUCUUUCAAAAUGGACCAAAUACUCUCAUGGAUUUAAAUCAGACAUGAGUCUGGGCCUCAUCUAUGCUCUGUUGAAGCUGUUGAACAGAGUCCCCUAUGGGUUAUGUUUCAGGCACUCAUAGUGGUCAUAAAUACCAGUAUACUCUUUAUUUUAAGUCAUGAGGCAGGACUUUCAGCUAAGCCAUUUCAACUUACAACAUCAGUGUUCAGGAAAGAAAUGUCAGUUUUAUAAAAAUGUGUGACUUGUGGAAACAAAAUGUUCUCAACUGGCCUGAUCUGUCUGCUAAGCACUUCAAGGAAAGCGCUGAGAUUUUUGACUUGGGUUGACUUCAAAAUCUGUUUGCCUAACCUAAGAUUUGCUGGGAGUGUCAUGAGACUCCAGCUGAAGCUCUUGAAUUUUGUAAGAACACUGUGCUCAGUGUGCACAAAUUCAGGCUUGGCUGCUGUCUGGGUAAGAAUCUGAAUGUGGAAACGACAUGGCCAUGUCUAGCCACAAUGCUCUGCAAGGUGUUUGGGAAACCCCAUUUCUGGCCUGGGCCUUGGGUCUGACUUGCAUAAUAAUGAGUUUAGCUGAAGCCAGAGUGAGCACGAUCCAAUACUGAAUAAGGGCUGCAAGAUUUCCCUUGACAACCACAGUCCUGCAAUGAGCUGGAGCUGGGUCAGCCUCCAUGCCCAGCCCUUGGUGACUCCAGCGAGGGUCAACGUGUGCUUAGGUGGGACUGAGCACAGGAUCGGGGCCUGGGUUGCCAGAUCCUAGCUAUUACUUGGAGAUGUUGCCUUUCUGCUCUGUGCACCCAGGGUCCCACUGUAAUAUUUCCUAAGGCUCUUAUAACCUAUUAUAUUUCUGUUACCACUGUUUUCGGACAUCCCUGUCUGAAGGACAAACCAGCUAAAUGGAAACCAAGACAUAAACACAUGGCUGAGAUAAGAAACAGUUUAAUUUUAAGGCAACAAGCAUUGUAAAUGUAGGUUUGUCAGGUGGAGACCACAUGGAUCUGCGUGUCAAAGGGGAGGGGGAGUGUUGGGAUGUACAUGCCACUCCAAGGUUCAGGCCUCCCUCCCUGCGCUGCUGCUUUUCUCCAGGCUUUUUGAACUUGAUCCUAUGAGGUGUUGAGCGUUCUCCUUUGCCAUGUGAGAGGGCUUGACAUGCUGGCGCUGGAGGCAUUACGAUUAUGUCACAAUUUGGCAAGACCCUUAAGUGUGUACCUUGCUGAUUUGAAGUUUGAGACAGCGUAAAAGUGCUGAAUGGACUAUGCUUAAUUAUUACUUUAAAACAGCAGGGUUGUAGUUUCUGUGUUGGGAUGCUGAAUUAAAUGUGGUGGGGUCUUUUUCCUCAUCUUUAUAGUCCAUCAGCAUUUCUUUCUCUUAAUAAAUUUUACUCUCAUGACAGUUCUAUAUAUUAUUGCUGCUCUGGUGGAGCUAGCUCCUCAAUUUGUCAAUGAAUUCAUAAUGCAAUAGGAAAACUGUAUGGUAGGGAACAUAGUAAUAGCUGCCAUGUUUCACUUUCGUAUCAGGACAGUACAGUUCAGGAAAUAUCUCAAGAAUAAAAGUUCUGACUUAGGAAUUCUGACAUAGGAAUUCUGACAGUAUUAGAAAUACUGGGAAGAAAAAAAAUCUAAGCUUUUUUUUUUUUUUUUUUUUUCCCCUGGACUUGGCAAAGCGGAAGGCAAAGAGACAAUGCAUCCUCUUUGAACUUCAGGGCUGGAGGGUUUGGGUGGUGAGGGGAGCAAAAGAAAAGGCAAUGUUUCUUUUUGACUUGUAGUGUGUUUGACUUCCUGAAAUAGUUUAAAGUCUAGCAAGAGCAGUCAGUUCAUUGCCUUCCUCUUUGCAAGGUCAGAUGAUGAAGGACCUCCUCCUGUUCGCUACAGAUGUCAAAGCAGAAUGGGACAGGAAAAAACAGGCCCACAGUUUGCACUAGAAUCCCUUUCUGGAUUGAUUUAUUGAGUUGAUGGGUAGUGGGGAUGAGUAUGUGGUGAAGCUAUUGCCUCUUCCACCUCAAGGACUACUGUUAUGUGCCCAGUUUCCACUGUUGAACCUGUGAGUGUGCUGAAGGAACUUCUGUUGCUCUGCAGGCUUGGGGAGACAAGUGCCAAUAAAAACCUGCUAUCAUCUAUAGCCAUUCAUGCACCAGUCAGUUGACUUUGAAAGUCAAAUAAAUUAUUUUUUUUUUCCUCAGUCACUAACCAGCCCCUGUACUAACAAGCAAGUUGAAAGCAAAAGCACAAGUGCAUAGCAGUAGCCCUACUUCUAUGUUCUACAAUUUGAAGGGUGGGAAAGAAAAAAUUCUUCCCUGUGACAAACUUCUAAGUUCAAUUCAGCAGAUUUACACCCCCCCACACCUCUCACACGCACACUUAUACACACGCACAAAUGUGCUUAUGAGAAGCAGAUGCUUUGAUGGUUUUGUUCUUGAAAGAGGAGGGGAGUACUUGCUUGCAACAUUCCAGUUACGGAGAACUGAUGGCAGUGAGAAAGAAACAGAAAUGUUAAGACUACUCAUGUUUCCACAGAUAGGAAAAAAAGGCCCUUAAAAUCAGGUCACCGACAAGUUAUGUGUCUUAACCUAUUACUAAAGGAGUUGUUUCAUUCUUUUUGUGUGUGGUGAGUUCUGAUGCUGUCCCAAGAAAGUGGAUGAUUCAUUUUGCGAGGACUUAUAAAACAUGAUGUACUCUGUCACUUUCUGGGAGAACAUAGGGAAAUUAUUGUUUUAUUUCAAGAAAAUCUACAUACUAUACUCCUUAAA